CUAGAACAUUUUAUUUUCAACAUCCGACAAGAAAAGGUCUCAGUGAAGUGAAAAAAAAAAAAAUUAAAAAAUUAAAUUAAUUUCUCGUGUGAAAAAAAAUGGAACGUUCAAAUAAAAUUUCAGACAUCUACUUGGCAGCCAAGAAGCUUGUCAAACAGAAUGACUCGGAGAAGAUGUCAGUGGCAACAACCAAAAGGUUGGAAGUACAGGUGGAAGAUAUAGACGGCGGUCGGCUAUCACAUGUCUAUGCCAUCUCUUGGGAAGAGUCCAUAAAUCACUUGGUCUCGAAGCUACAAUCCAUGGACUUGAAGGAACUCACUGUGGUGAUAUUAUGCCAAAAUUCAAAUCACUGCAAGUGGCUACAAGUGAUGCUGGAAGAGAGAGAUGUGAAUAAUCUCCUGUUGUGUCACAGUUCUGACGAUAUCGGGACAAUAAAGUCAUGCUGGCCCUAUUUGUUUAAUCAAAAGAUUUUGAUUAUUACUACUGAUCUAAUAGCCCAAUUGCAAUUGGAAGACAAAACAAUUGAUUUAUUAGUACUCGACAAUAUAGCCGAUACUGAAUUUCAUACCCUAAGCAAGGAUAUAGUGUAUCUAUCGCAUCGACGUUUUGAAAACGAGAACGGAAACUGUAUAACGACUUGUCCGGAGCCUAAAACCCUUGAAGUCAGCCCCAAGUUGCAACUCAAAAAGACUGAGAAGAAUUCAAGCUGGUAUAAUUCAAAUUGUGGCAUUAUGAUUUUUGGCCAAUGGCCUUUUCUAUACUGUAAUUAUAUAACUGGGGUGGCUGGCAUGUCAAUGAAAAUUCGAAAUUCAAUGAUGAAACAUUUCGCCAUUGAAAAGGCACGGAGAGAGCAACGUUGUGCCUGGCCACAUUUGGCCUACGGCCAUUCAAUGAUCAUGAUUGGCCACGAGAAAUGCGGCAAAACUUGGUCGUUUAUACCGAUUUUGAGUCAACGUAUUUACAAUGCCAUCAAGGGGGGAAAUCUCGAAUGGGCCGGACCCAUAUGCAUUUCCGUGGUCGUCAAUAUGAGUGAGGGUAAAACAUUGGCCAAAAUUAUGCGUGAAAUGUUGGACUUUUGUUCCACCGAUGGAGGCAACGUCACUAAAGUUGUUACCCUAUUUGAUAACAGUUCUAUUAAAGAAGUGUCCAAAAUAUUAUGCCGACCCUGUGGCAUAUUGAUUACCACAGUGGAAUUGUUGUUGCAACUGCAACAAUUUGAAAAGCCGGGAUUUUUAAUUUUUGAUCCGAUGCACUUGCGUUGCAUAGUACUGGACAAUCUGGAUGAAUUGCGACGUACGAAUCGGAUGAAGUUUAUGACGCUGAUCAAUUGGUUGGUGAAUAAAUUUAAGUUUGAUAAAGAUCAAACACAAUUGAUCAUCACCAGUCGCCUAUGGAUGGAGGGAGUGAUGAGAACACUGCCGAACGUUAUAAUUAUUUUUGAGGAUGGAUUGGAGGCUUGUGCUUAUCGUGGAAUCAAACUGAAUCUGGAAUUCGUCUCGGCCACUGACCAUGAUGAGGGUAUAACACUUUUGAAGACACUCACUCACUGCAAUUUGAAAAUGGAACGCAUUGUAAUUGUCUGCCACACAAAUUACGAAUCUCGACACUUGAGUGAAUUGCUGAAAGCCCAAAAUAUUCCCCAUAUAAAUUUUGUCUCGCCGAUUGAAACGAUUGAGAAAAAGAUACAAAAUGAGAAAGGCAUUAUCAUUGCCAAAGAUGAUAUGCUGCCGAAUUUAAAGUGUGGCUACAUCGAUCUCUUGAUAUGUUACACCUUAACGAAUAGCUGGCAUCGGUAUAAGGCUCGUUUCAAUUUGUUCUAUACCAAUUGCAAGAGUCUGGAUAAACGACCAGGCGAAGCUCUGAUGUUCUUCAACGAAAUGGCUACCGAACAGGCUUGGCUCUUCUGUGACUUUAUACUCAAACACGAUUUGCCCAUGCAAGAGGAGUGGUUCAAACAUCUUUUCAACUUUCGACUGCAAAAGGAGAUCAUUCAGCCACAAUAUAAUAUCAAUCUGUGUACCCAAUUACUAUCAUAUGGUAAUUGUUCACGUCGUUCAUGUCGUUUUCGGCAUCGUCUUUUAGCCAAAGAAGCUCAGAUACCAAGUUAUUUGCCCAGUGGGGGUAAAAUCUAUUUCAAUAUUAUGGAUUGCAUUUCGCCAACAAAUUUGGUAGUGAGGCCUAUUGCAUCCCGGAAAAAGCAUGAGCCAAAAGUGUAUCAAAAUAUAAAUAUGCCAAAUGGAGUUCAUGUCUAUUAUCGACAGGAGGUGAAUCAAAUUCCGCUACUGAAUCCAUCGAUUGGUGAUGUAUGCAUUCUAGAAGUCGACAAAUGCUAUCAACGUGCCGUCAUCAUUGGCGUUGACAGUGAUGAAGUGAUUGGUGUGAGACUAUUGGAUUGGGAUGGCAGAUACAUAGAAGUAUUGAAAACCGAACUAUACCAAUGCCAUGAACACUUUUCCACUCAGAUGUCCCAGGCCAUUGAGUUGCGUCUGACUGGCCUUAUGCCAUAUAGCAUGGAUCGUCUAUGGACAACCGCUGAAUCACGUUAUAUUCGUCAUAGAUUUUGCAAAUUUUCCACCGAUCAUCUAUAUAGCGCCAAUAUUGAUUUUGCAUUUAAUAAUAUUUUAUUUGUGAAUACCAUUUAUUCUAAAAAGGGAGAUGAUCUACGAGAGAUAUUACUUAACCGCAUGUAUGCCUAUGAUGAUGAAUUUGUCAGAAGUCGCUUUAUUGAUAUGGCCCUUAAGGCUGUAUAAGCUGAGAGCGAAUGAAACACAUGAUGAGGAUUUCAUAUAAUUAUUAUACUAAAUCAAAACUAAAAAUUACUUUGAUUUAAAUUUUUAAUUUUUUAUCAAAGUUAAUUUUAAUUCUAAUUGAAUUUCCUUAACUUCUCAAGUAACACUGUCAACUUUCAAAAUUGCUUUUAACGUGCUUUUUUUUUGGUUUUUAAAUUUUAAAAAUUAAAACAUUUCAAUUUCAUUCCUGCUUACAAUUGUCAUAACAAAAAACUCUAAAAUCUCUUUUGUGAAGCAAAAUUUUAACAAUUUCGCCAAUAAAGAUAAUUGUACUACAUA